AUGAGCUGGAACUCCCGAGGGCUUGGGAACCCUCGGGGCAUUCCCACCCUCCGAGAUUUUGUUCGGAGGGAAGCUCCUGACGUGAUGUUCAUCAUGGAAACCCGAUCUCGCACCGCUCGAAUGGAGUUCCUCAAAGUUCAGAUGGGCUUUUCGUGCUUUUUGCCGGUGGGUGGAUCUGGUCGACGGGGUGGCGUGUGUCUCUUCUGGCGUAGUGAGGUAAAUCUCAUUUUACGUUCUUAUUCUCCUUUUCAUUUUGAUGUGCUUGUUUCGGAUUGUACUUCUGGAAUUUCUUGGCAUUUGUCUGCGAUUUAUGGUCAUCCGGAGACAUCUCUUCGACACAAUACCUGGAAUUUGUUACGUUUACUGAAGGACCAAUUCUCUGGGCCAUGGUUAUGUUGUGGGGACUUUAACAAGAUUUUGGAUAUCUCUGAAAAGUUGGGUGGUCGGGUUCGACCUGCUAGUCAGAUGCGAGGCUUCCGAGAGGCUUUGGAUUACUGUCAAUUACGUAGUCUUCCUGCUGUAGGCCCUUUAUAUACUUGGUGUAAUUUUUGGGAGGGGCCUGCUCUGAUUCACGAAUGGUUGGAUCGUUUUCUCAGUAACAUGGAUUGGCUGGCUUUGUUUCCAAAUUGUCAAGUUUCCAAUCUCCCCACACCGGUCUCUGAUCAUUUGUGUUUGGUGUUGACUACAGAUGUCUCACUGCAACCUACACCUCGGCGGACUCGUUUAUUUAAAUUUGAGUCUAUGUGGGUGGGCGAACAGGGUUGUGAGGAAUCCAUUGCUUGGGCUUGGUUUUCUUCCUCUAACUCUUCCUUGGUGGAUAAAAUUGCACAGUGUGGUCGUUAUCUGUCGGACUGGAGUAAGGCCUGUUUUGGCAAUGUUCGCCAUGGUUUGGCUAAAAAAUGA